GGACGAGUACUUUGGGCCAGGGUUGUGGUGAUUAAUCAUUUAUGGCUGGCGGUGUCGAUUUGAUUUGCUUGGUGUUUAUGUGGAGCUUGUGGAGUGCUGCUUGUAAUGGUGCAACAGACACUCUGAAACCAGGUGAAAGUCUAAAUUCUUCAAGCUUGUUAGUUUCUGCAAAUGGGAAGUUCACUAUGAAUUUUCGUGCUCAUGAGCUUGAUCCAAACCAAAGCUACUUAGUUAUAACGUGGAAUGGGAGUCAUAACUAUGCGUGGGUUGCGAAUAGAGAAGCAUCCAUUUUGUACCCUUCUGGAGCUCUUACAUUGGACAGGAACAACACAUUGAAGGUUACUCACAGAGAUGGGGAUGCUCUGGUGCUCUACUCUGCUGAUUCGGAGACUAUCAGUGGUGAUGCUGUCGCUAUUCUUAUGGAUGAUGGGAAUUUUGUGCUGCAAGAAGUGAGCUCUGAUGGAUCGGCGAAGAUGGUUUUGUGGCAGAGUUUUGAUUAUCCUGGAGAUGUGCUUCUGCCAGGUAUGAAAUUAGGGGUUAACCGUAGUAAUGGCCACAAUUGGUCACUGUCGUGCUGGUUUACUGAGAGAAGUGCAGUGGCAGGACCUUUCACUCUUGAUUGGGACCCUGAUGGACACGACUUGAAAAUUAAGCGGCGUGGGGUGGUGUAUUGGAGUAGUGGAGUGUUUCGAGAUGGGAGUUUUGAAAUUAUUAAGGAGAAGAGGUAUAAGUUUAGCAUUGUUUCAAAGAAGAAUGAAGACUAUUGCAGUUACACUACUUUAGAUGAAAAUGCUGUAUCAGAGUGGCUGCUAACCACAAUAGGGCGACUAAAAGACUUUGAUGAAUCAAUUGAUAUUGCAAAAGCAGAUUCCUGUUAUGGGUAUAACACUGAAGGUGGAUGCCAGAUUUGGGACCAGCCAAAGUGUCGGCGUUCUAGUGCUGUAUUUGAGCAACAAAAUGGUUACUUUAAUCCAACAGGUGCUAGCGGCACUACUGCAACAUCAACAAGUGAUUCAAAUACAAGUCUCAGUAUUAGUGACUGUAAGGCUGCUUGUUGGGCGGAUUGUACCUGUAUAGGAUUCCUAUUUCUGUUUCCUAAUCAGACUGGAUGUCGGUAUUGGACUGGAAACUUGAAAUUCAUUGCAGACAGCAUAAGUUAUGAUUCAAAUGUUGUAUAUGUUUUAAAAACAAAGUCAGUCGACAGCAGCGAUGCAUCACAUAAGUGGAUAUGGAUUGGUAUUGCACUUGUCGCCGUUCUUCUGGCAAUGGUGCUUUGUAGCAUGUGCUACCUACUACGAAGAAGAAAACUUGCAGGUGAGAACCAAAGAAAUGUCCAGGAUAUGCUGAACAUGAUGAAUUCUAAUAGACCUACUAAUGCUAAUGGACUUCAAAAUGAUGGAAAGCGGGGACAUGAUUUAAGGGUAUUUAAGUAUGCGUCUAUCAUAGCCGCCACCUGCAACUUCUCUGAUGAAAAUAAGCUACGAGAAGAAAUAAGCUUGGCAUACUUGUUAUUUGAUUCAACUAGAUGUCAGCAGCUAGAUUGGAACAAACGUUUCAACAUAAUUGACGGAAUUGCUCAAGGUUUGGUUUACUUGCACAAAUAUUCCAGAAUGAGAGUAAUUCAUAGAGAUUUAAAAGCAAGUAAUGUUCUGCUUGAUGAAAGGAUGAAUCCUAAAAUUUCUGACUUUGGAAUGGCAAGGAUUUUUAUGAAUGAUGAACAAGAAGCAAAUACUAUGAAGAUUGUUGGGACACGUGGUUAUAUGUCCCCCGAGUAUGUUAUGGGGGGGAAUUUUUCCAUAAAAUCGGAUGUCUAUAGUUUCGGAGUGUUAAUGCUUGAAAUCCUAAGUGGUAGGAGAAACAACAGCUUCUACAAUGAUGAUCGUGCCUUCAACUUAGUUGACUAUGCAUGGGCGUUAUGGAAAGAAGGUGCAGGACUAGGACUAAUGGAUCCGACACUUGGCAAUUCAUGUGAUGAACAUCAAUUCUUGAGGUGCAUCCAUGUUGGUCUGCUCUGCGUGGAGGAAAAUGCAGCUAGUCGACCCACAAUGUUAGAUGUGAUACCUAUGCUGACCAAUGAAAGCAUGUCUUUACCAGUUCCUACAAAACCAGCAUUCUGUACAGAAAGAAAUGUGAUCGCAGAUGCUAUAGGUGGAAGCGGACCGGAAACGGUUUCAUCUAUAAAUGCUAUCUCCGAUUCUGGUUUUGAGGGGAGUUAAAGUCACACCCUUUCCCCUUGAGAAUAUAGGUGGUUAUGAGAUUUGAAGUUUGAUUUUCUGUCAAAAAGCAUAAGAUGGUUCUAUUUUCUUCUCUUUAUAAAAUGUAAUCAUGUAUGUUAUGUAUGU